CAGUUAAGGAGUAAUAUCUCUUUGAAUUUUCUCUAUUCUCUUCUCUCUCUUUUUUUCCUUUAAAAGCCCACCAACAACAAAUGGAAAACUCAUUUCAGGCUCCUUUAAAAGAUCCUCCCAUUCCCUCUUCAUAUUUAUAAAAUGAGUCAACUUUGAUCAAUAUUAAAUAUUCUACUGGUUUCUUUGCUAUAACACCAAAAUGGAUGAGAGCAACUACUACUUUAAGAGAAGCCAUGUUCCAGCAUUUGGUAGCUGGGAUUGUAACGAUAAUGAAAUUCCAAUUCCUUUUACAGAGUGUUUUGAAUCAGCUAGGCAAGCUAGUUUGUUUCACUACAGCUAUUCUCAAGACUCUGAUUUGUAUGUCACUGGUGAUCUUUACCACAAUGAUAUUGUUACACCUACCAUGAUCGUUGUACCUCGUCGUAAGAAAAAGGCAAGUUACAAAGAAGAAAGAAAAGAUGCAUGGGUGGUGUGUGAUUUUGAGAAAGAAGCACCAAGCCCUGUUCCUAUAUCUCCUCCAACAGCUAAAAGUGUGCCCAAAAAUCCUAUUGAUGAAGAUCUCUACAAGAUUUCCCCUGAGUUGCUCUAUGCUAAGCCUACAAGGAAGGGCGUCCGGGCUAUCAUCUCGAGCUGUUUGCGGCCUGCUUGUGCUUGUUGAACCUGGUGGAAUAAUCUUAAUCAGAAGAAGAGAACAUCCAGAGAGUUAGAACGUGUAGUUUGGAGUAUUUUGUUGGGUUUAAACCAGUAAAAAGUGGCCCCAAAAACAAGAUAGAAUCUUCUCUUUUCUUAUAUAUAUUGCUAAACGUAUGUUUCUUCUUGGAAGUAUUUUGAUGUCCUAGUACUAUACUAGUGUUGAAGGGGAGCAAAGUUGUGUUCGUUGAUUUAUAGGUCACGGAUUCAAGUCGUGGAAUCAGCCAUUGAUGCUUGCAUUAGGGUAGAUUACCUACAUCAUACAUCCUUGAAUACGGUAUUUUCCCGAAUCAUAUAUAAAUGCAAAAUGUUUCGUGCACCGGAUUACCUUUUAGUACUUAUACUAGUGUUGGCUUUUGUAAUUUAAAAAAUUACGAGGUACUGUAUUGAGAGGUGGCAUUACAAGCAUAGAUUAAUGUAUGCGAAAAAUGAGAAAUC